AUGCUUUUUCACCCCUACAAAGGCGCUAAAAACACCCUUAGAUGUCACUUCUCGCCAACAUCUCCAGCUGUGGAGCGGGUUAAGGCGAUUGACAUGGCGAGCCUAGUUGCACACUGUGGUGAAACCGAUCCAACCUCAGCUACCCUAGAGAAGCGCUAUAGCGAACUGCAGCUGCAGAAGCGAUAUCUAGAAACUUGCCUGAGUAAGGUGCCUCUCACUAAAUUCGACAAAAAUCGCAUUUCGACGUUGAAAUGGAAGGAGGAUUUGGAAGCACAGUUGGAUCGUACUGAUGCUGAGCUAGGAUCAAUUCGUCUCUCACUGCGAAAGCUCAACGCUUUUAAGUAA